CAUGUCAGAAAAUAACCUUCAAUACGUGACGUACUUGUCCAACAGAUUGAAUGCACAGCCAUGCACUACACGUCUCCAAACGUUCACGAAGCGCCAUCGCCAUCGUCAUGGGCCUCAUCACCCUCCUCGCCCUCUUGCUCAUCGUCCCCUUCCUCCUCUUCCUCCUCUUUCUUGAAUUUCCGCUGGCGGCCGCUCCUCGCAGCCCUCCCCCCGCCACCCCGGCCCCUGCCGCCCCUCUUGCUCCCCUUGGUCCCUUUGUGUGCGGUCUUCUUCACCCGCUCCUUGCCCACGGCCUUCUUGCCGCCGCUUUUCCUGGCCCUGGCCGAGAGGGCGACCUUGUCGGCCUUUUCCUUCUCGGCCGCCUUCUCCAGCAUGCUCUUCUGCCGGGGGAGCGGCUUCCAUGGCUUGAGCGGCGAUCGGCCGCCGAAGAUGGAUUCCAUCGUCAGCUGGCCGGGCCCGGCGGGAUGGGGAGGGGUGUGGGGCCGCGGGAUGUCAUCCUCGUCCUGCUCGUGAUGUUCCUCCUCGUGAGGGCCAGCGGCAUCGUCGUGGUGGUGCGGGUGCGGGUGUGGUCGUGUGCUGAUCUCGGGAGAGGGCGGCUGCAGCGGCAGGAGGUCUUCCUCACCGCCAUGGUCUACGCCGUUCUCAUCAACCCCACACCCAUCCCCACCAUGACCCCCACCAGCUGCAGCGGCCGCUGCUGCAGCAGCAGCCGGCCCACUCGGAACAGCACACUCACCACUGAAACACAUGAUACAGCCAGGCAGGGACGCUGUGCAUUAUGCUACGCGUCAUGUGCAUGGGAUCCCUUCAUUACCUAUCAUCGUCCUUCUUGUGCUCUACGAUUACUGGCGGCACUAUCGGCUUGAGCACAGCCGACUUCUGCACGCGGCCGGGACUCCCCUUCUCGGGUGAGCGCCCUCCAGCCGCUGCAGCAGCGGCAGCAGCCGCCGCAGAGGCGGGCUUGUCAACAAACCUGACAUCACACACACACAUGCACAGCAUCGCAACCCAUGGAUGGGCGAAAUGGAUGGAUGGAUGGAUGGAUCUGCCUAAUGGCUGCUGUGCCCUUGCUCACAGGUUCUGAGCUAUCUUGGGCGGGGACUUGUUCUUCAGAUCGGCUAUGCGGCGCAACGACGCACCUGCAUUCCAUCCAUACGAACCAGCAUCCACAUCAAGCGCAUUGCAAAUCCGCCCUCAUCCGUCCAUCUCGUCUCUCUUAUUCACCUUUCUCACGGCCCGGGCUCUCAGGGGGUGUAACGGUGGCAACUUUGACCCGAGGAGCACCAGCAGCUGCUGCAGCAGGAGCGGGCUGGCCACGGUCCAUGUGACCGUCGUUGCCACUCUCGUCGCUAAGGUCUCGCAUCAACUCGUUUGGGUCGUCCAUUCCCCCUGCAAGUCGUGUGUUGGAAUACUAAAUCAGAUGUGCGGUCGCC